AUGGACAAGAAGGUUAAACCGCGUGAGGGGUUGCGAUGUGGAUGGAACCAGGGUGACGUUAACGAAAUCUCCCGCUCAUCUCUCGUCCUCGACGUCAACACUAUCAUCGACAAAUCCAUUGCAUCCUUCACUCCCAAUACAUCCUCUUGUCCGGCCACUCUGAAGGCCAAAUCGUCUCCACCUCCAGGCGACCCGUCUCAAGACCGCACACCUGUGACAAGCUCGCUUGCCUCAACACAGCCUAGCCGACAUGAAGCUCAACCGCGCUAG